UCUUUCUCUAUUAAAUUAACUUCUUAUCAUUUAGGACAGAACAUACUAAUACAUAAAGGUAGAAAUAUUCAUAUUGGUAACAGUUACAACUUUACACAAGUUCGCACAGCAGUAUCAAACAUUAAUAUUAAGAAAAAUAAAAAUCCUCCUUCAGAAUUUGCUCCUCAGUUUACUGAAAGUACGAAGAGAAAAUUACCAGAUGAAAUAAAAGAUUCAGUUCGUGAAAUAGAUCCUGAAGCCAUGCAUUUUGUUGCUGAACAUAUAGCUAGUGACUGGAAGAAACUAGCAAGAUAUCUUCCUCCAAAAGGAAAAGUAUUUUCAGAAGGAAAGCUAAAAACCUUUGAAGAUGAUAAUCCAAGAAAUCAAGAUGAAGCAAUUUAUCAAAUGCUCAAUGCUUGGAAAGAAAAAUAUCCUAAUGAAGCAACCAUUGGAAAUUUAGCCGAGACAUUAAACACAAUUAGGAAAUAUGAAAUUGCAAUCAAAUUAAAACCCUAAAUUUCAAUCUUUAGAAGCUACUGAGGUUAAAAAAUUGCCAGAAUACAAGGUUUUCAUAAACCAGUAUCAUACUUUUAUAUUUUGUGCCUUUUGAAAUAUAAUAAUCUUGUAAAUUAUUGAAAAAGUUACAAAAUCAUUACAAAAAUAAUCAUUACAAAAUGUAAUGACUAUUUGAGAUUAUUUAGAUUGCCAAAAAUUGUCAUUAUUGGAAAUAAUGACUGUAUACUUAAUUACAUGGAUAUUAUCGAUAUAGAAGUCAUAAUAUUUACUCAUAUAGACAUAUUUCAGCAUGAAAGAGAAUCUCUGCACUAGAAUAAUGGAGGAAAGCAUCAUGUAAAAUAAUGAAUUUUAAUAAAAUCUUUUUUAUGUAGAAUGAAAGACUUUUUUACACGCAUAAAAUGAGUAAUUAUGACGUAAUGGAUAAUUUAUUUAUGUUUAAAAAAAUUAUAAAUUUUAUUGUGAUGUUUGCAUCUUGAAGAAGUAAUGUAAUUAAUUUUUAUUUUAUUUAUUAAAUAAUUAAAUAAAUAAAUAAAAUUUCUUAUGCAUGUUUUAAAAAAUUAUAGAGAGUGUGAUAUGCAUAUCAAUCAAAGCAAAUCAAAAAUUAUUAUUUACAAUUAUAAGAGUUUCUUUCAUAUAAACAUUCUUAAAAUUUUAAUAUAACAUGCAAAAUACGUAUAAAAACAGUUUUUAGAGUAGUUUUUAUAUAAUUUAUGGCAUUUGUUUGAUUUUAAUUUUUGGAAAUUGGUUAUUAAACUGUUCUAGAAAAUUUCUUGUUGUACUAGAACAGCUAAAAAAUUAUUUAUUUAAAUAUUAAGAUUUCUAUAUCUCACUUUGUCCUGUUGGCAAUCUAAAUAACAGUUAAAUUUUUCACUCUAGAACUUAAGAAUGAAAAUAUUAAGUUUGCAUUAAAUGAAAUCAUUGUUUAUAAAUUCAUAACUUUCCUUUUAAAUAUUUGUACUUAUAAAUCCUAAUUUAUUCAGUGCCAUAUAAAUUAGUCAUAACAGACUUGCUCAUAGAUGGAAUGAAAAGAUUGGUAUUGAAAAUCUUAUGAUCAAUUGAAAAUCUGUUUUUUUCAGAGUAUUUCAAAUGCUUGUUUUGUCCAAUUACAUUAAAAUUCUGUGUAUUAUUUUAUAAAAAUGCUCAAUAAAGAAAAAACCAAA